AUGAUUCAAUUGCUAAGGUUUUGCGCGCUGCUAGUAGUUUUCCUCUUACUAGCCAAUAUAACACUUACUCUUCAACAAACAACAGGUGGAUUGAGGGAUUAUUUAGCUUCUUUACAAAAGGAAAGAGAUGCUGUGGCAUGCACCAAAACCAAGUUAGAGAAUACUAUUAACUUGUUAAACAGCACCUUCUUUACUAGUAAUUCUUCAUCAGCACCAUCUUUAAAGACCAUUAUUGAUUUGAGAAGCAAGCAAUUGUCCAAAGUUGCUUCAGCAAUAGCCUUAUUAGAUGCUGAAAUUCGUGUCAUUAAUUCCCAGUGUUCCACUUACAAUGGUUCUGAUUGUAAUACAUGCCAAGAUGGUUUUACCAAUUAUCCUAACUGUGUCCCAGUAUGUUUUGGAUUGGCUGCUAAUAAUGCUUCGGUUUGCUCUGGACACGGUUCAUGUAUUGCUCCUAAUAAUUGCACUUGUACAAAACCAUAUAUUGGAGCCUCUUGUUCCUCCUUUUUCACAGCACCAAUGACUCCAUAUCUUGCCCAUGCUUACUAUUUCAAUAAUACUUUCGCUGAUAGUGCUGGUUCUCUCCACUUGAUUAACAAUCCAAAUCAAGGUGCUUCUUCAAAUCCAGUCUUUUCCAAUGAUUCACCAUUCCCAGGUGGUAAAUCAGUUUAUUUCGAUGGAAAGAAGAAUGGUCUCGCUUCUACUGUGACAGUCAAUCUUACAGUUUCCAACAGCUUUUCAUUGUGGCUUAAGAGCCCUUAUGGAGGUGUUGCAAUGGCUUUCAGUACUAAUGGUAAUUACAUUUUCUUCAACGUUGCUUCUGCCAAAGGGUUUAGUUUUUAUGAUGACAAAGGAAAUUGUGAAGUGGAUAGGAGUGAGAGGCUGCUUGAAUAUCAUGUUGAAAGAUCGACAGACUUGGAAAGAAUGUGGGUGAAGAGAACAUGUUUGAAGAGUUGGUGUAAAUUACUUUAUUCUCAUUGUUGGGAGUUUGAUGAAAGAGUUGAUUUGUAUCAUGUUUUUGAACAGAAAUUCUAUUAUGAUGUUGAUAUUUCUUAUGAAAAGAAGAAAUUACACGGUCAUCAAGGUUUCAAAUAUAGUAUUGGAGAAUUUGUCAACCUUGUCGAAGAUAUUCCAAAUACAAAUAUUGUUGACCAAGUCAAAACUGUACUUGCAAGAAUACCUUUACCAGUUUCGAAUCAAUCUGCUUCUUCAUCAAAUACUACAGUAGUGAAAACUGUGGUUGCUAAUUUGAGUUCCACUACAGCCCCAAAGCCUAUUGGAAAGGAGAAGAAACGCACAACAACAAAACCACAUGUAAAAGAUACAAAAGAGACAGCAUGGGCAGCUGAUAAGGAGAUUCAACAACCAGAUCAAUCAACUACUAAUUUUACAGAACUGGACUUGGUUGCCGCAUUGGAAAAUAAUACUUUCAAAUGUAAAGAAAUAAUUCCUCAUAUUUGUAACGACGAUGAUUUGAUGAUUCGCUUGAUUUCAACCAUUACCAUGGAGGAUCCUGUAACUGUGAAUGGGAUUGUACUGAAACACAGGGAGAAAUCAGCCCCACCCUCCGAGAAUGCAGCCACUCUCCUUGUUGCUAAAGCAAUUCUGAAAGGAGAUAUUGAUAUUAUUAAGGUAUUCUUUAAACUGUUUGAUUCUGGUAAUUUUGAUUUGUGUAAACAGCUUAUUACUUGUCUUGGAAGAUUCGAAGCAUUUAAAAGUACCCUUUGCUUAGAGAAACAAAAGAUUUCAAUCGAGGAUCAAUACAAUCACAUCAAUAAGAUAUUCACCGAUUGUAUUAGGUCAGUAUUAGCAUGCGAAGACAAAAUGGUGGAUGACGAAAAUUCCAGAGUUAGGAAAUUCAGAGAAUUAUUCAAGCUUUCAGAUGUUCAAUCCAUCAUUAAUGAUAGAAAUGAUCGUGCCCAUUCGUAUAUUAAGCAAGAAAGGAUACCAAGAGCUCUCAAGGAUAGAAUUCAAUGUUUAGAGGAAGCAAAAUCAGCUCAUAAGAAACUAUGCAAGAAGAAAUCCAAUGAAAAAACUCAACUCAUUGAUUCAUUGAUCCAAAACGCAAUCAAAGAACUAAGCUUAUUAGAAGUCAAAUUCAAUCACAUUUAUAAUUUCAAGACCUCCAUUGAAUAA